AUAUACCAUGUCUUCUGUUGAUUCAUCAAAAGAAGACACAAUGUCAUCAGAAAAAACAGAUGAGAAGCAACCUGAAACUGAAAACAAAGCUGGGGAAAGUGAUGAAGAUGAAGAAGAAGAGGAGGAAGAGGAAGAAGAAGAAGAAAAGGAGAAGAGUCUCAUCGUUGAAGGAAAAAGGGAGAAGAAGAAGGUUGACCGACUGACCAUGCAAGUGUCCUCACUGCAGAAGGAACCUUUUACAGUUACACCAGGAAAAGGACAAAAGCUCUGUGAAAUUGAGAGGAUACAGUUCUUUCUGAGUAAAAAGAAGACAGAUGAACUUAGGAACCUGCACAAACUCCUCUACAACAGGCCAGGCACUGUUGCAUCUUUAAAGAAGAAUGUGGGUCAGUUCAGUGGGUUUCCGUUUGAAAAAGGAAGUGACCAAUAUAAAAAGAAGGAAGAAAUGUUAAAAAAAUUUAGAAAUGCAAUGUUGAAAAGUAUCUGUGAAGUUCUUGACUUGGAAAGAUCAGGAGUUAAUAGUGAGCUUGUAACCAGAAUAUUAAACUUCCUGAUGCAUCCAAAAUCUUCAGGCAAGCCAUUGCCAAAGUCCAAAAAACCACAAAGCAAAGGUGGCAAAAAAGAGCGCACUAGCUCUGGAACAACAAGAAAAGCAAAACGCACCAAAUACCCAGAGAUCUUGUCAGAUGAAUCCAGUAGUGAAGAAGAUGAAAAGAAGGAAAAGGAUGAGUCCUCAGAAGAAAAAGAAAGUGAAGAUGAGCCCCCUAGAAAAGCAUCUAAAAGAGAAAAAUCUAAAAAGGUGACUUCUAAAACCAAGAAAGCUGUGAAGGGUGCAAAUGUCAAGAAGGCAGACAGCAGCACUACUAAGAAAAACCAGAACAGUUCUAGAAAAGAAAGUGAGUCUGAGGAUAGUUCAGAUGAUGAACCUUUAAUUAAAAAACUGAAGAAACCACCCACAGAUGAAGAAUUAAAGGAAACUGUCAAGAAUUUGUUGGCUAAUGCAAAUUUGGAGGAGGUUACAAUGAAACAAAUCUGCAAGGAGGUGUAUGAAAAAUAUCCUAGUUAUGAUUUAUCUGACAGAAAAGACUUCAUUAAAAAAACAGUCAAAGAGUUGAUUUCAUGAUCUGAUUUGACUAUGGGAAAUGAAGACUCCUGGGUUUAUGUUUCCAUGGAUUUGAAGAUCUGAUAGGCACCAGCAAAAGGAAUGUGUCUUACCCUUGUGGUAUUAAGUCAAAGCUAAUUUUUCUGAUCUAAUGUUAAGAGUGUUAAUGUAAAUUGCUUUGUGUGGUUUUUUUUGUUUGUUUUUUUUUUUUAACAGAACUGCAUUUGAUGCAAUUUUUAGUUGAACAUACUUAAGUUUCAUGCAUGGCAAUAAAUGUUUCCUUUUUUAUAGUUUUGUACAUUUUGAAUUGUGUUGUAUAACUAGAUUCAUUAGAGCCAUCGUAGCUUUUUAGCGUGGAUUACCAGCAUACAGAAGAUUUUAAAAUUGACUAAGAUGAAAGCUGCUUAUCUACAUGUAUACAUGCAGAGACUGGAAUAUUGCAGUAUUGGUUAAAAAGAUAUUUUGAAUACAUAUUAAUUCUGAAAAUAAGAAGAGUUAGUCACCUUAAUCUCUUUUAUAUUCUGAUACAUUCUACAGAUACAGAAUUAUUCUGAGUCUAGAUUACAGUCUUGCAUGUGUAGGCACUGAAAGAACUAUCACAGCAUGGCAACUAAUUGGCAUAUAGAUGUUAUUUUUGUACUUUUAAAAGGCUUUUUGUUGUGUAUAUAAAGUUAUUUCAAAUUUCUUUUGUGCAAAUCAGUUUUUUAAUCUUGGUAUCUUUGAAUUAAUGACAUGAAAUGUCAGUGUUCAGCAGUGAGGCAGUGAUAACAAGUGGUGUGCAGAAGUUUCAUAAAAAUGAGCUGAGGUUUCAUUAUGUUUGUCUCAUCUUACCUUGUACAGAAACUAAACUGUAGGUUUAUACCUGUAGUUUAACUUUAUACAAAGACUACAGACAUUGUUUCAAUGUCUUGGAUGUAGUAAAUAAAAUCCCUCCAAAGGCAAUAGGUAAAUUUCUGAAGUUCACUUUGCAGAAUAUCUUUUAUGUUGGUGUGUUAACCUGGUGGCCUAGCAUCUCAGAAGUUGGUAUCCAAGAUAUACAGCUGGAGGCUUGAUAGCUUUGAAAAUGCACAGUAGAGCUUCCAAAUCGGGCAGCACUGAUGUGAACUUGUGUUUAACCUUCUUCUGUGUGGGAAGGCUUUUCUAAACCUGAGCUUCAUUGCCUCAGCAUGCACAAUGGUACUUACAAGCUUGCAGUCUUCAACUUUGGCUGGCAACUUUUAGGGUCAAAGUGAACUCUUUUCAUAAAUUUUUGUUUAGGUUUUCUCUUUUCCAUACACUUUGUUUCUAAUUGUUUCUAGUAUGGGAAGUCCUACACCUAAAAUCAUAAAACUAAAAGCUGCCAUGUGUGCAAAGUGUGGGCUGCCAUUCACACCUGAGCACAGAAUCCCUCUGACUAGAAUUGCUGGAAAGACAAAGUGUAUUUUUUUGAAUUUUAUUAUUGUACAGUUGAGAAGUAAGGGUUCUUAAAUUACCUAAAUUCUGAAAAUGUUCAGCCAGUUAGACUGUUGAUCUUACACACACUUUUGAGUUUAUUUGCGUGUAAUCAUUUAUAAUAAGGCUGAAUGUAAUGGGGAUUUUUUGUACUCAAUAAAUGUCUUUCACAAAAAUGUAAAUCAGUUUUAAUCUAACAUUUGCUUACAUGUAUAGUAAAAAAAAACAUAUACAGGAACAAGGUUGUUUGUCUUUAUCUCAUCUGCUAGGAAGUAUUGGCUUCUCUACUUUAGAAGACAGUUGCUGAAAUGUAUGUCCUUGCAUCAGGAUUUUUUAUCAUCUGUGAGGUUUAUUUGUGUUUUGGUUUUUUAGUUUUGUCUCUGAACUGUCUUAGCAGAAAAAACACUUUUUAAUUUGCAAUUAAAAAACUGAAAAUUUUCAAGUCAGUCUUAAGAGCAGAAAGUUACUUGUAUUAAGUUUUGAUGUUUUACAAAUACUUGAACUGUAUUUUGAUUUUUAUGUAAAUGUACUAGCCAGUUUUAAUUAUAUAGGUCAGGACCAAAGUAUAAGCAUUUUUUUAAUAGUUUAAAUUCUAAUGAAAACUUAGAAAAGGAUAGCAUACUUCUAUUUAUUGUAUAUAUGCAUUAGUUGCCACGUUGGAAUUGCACAGAUGGAAUGGAAAUGAACUUGACAACCCUUCAAAUGCUUUGUUUAAAUCUCUUUAUGACUCAGUGUUAGUCCUCAACAGAGAAGAAAUGUGUAUUUCCUUGCUAAUCCAUACUAGUCUGGCUGCAGCCAAUACAGGAUUCCAGUUCUUUCUGCAGCUGGAAGAAACACUGCCAGACAGUACUAAAAGGUAAAUAAAAUGUCCUCCUUAUCCCAAUGCUGUUGGAUUAGAAACACAUCUGAUCAAGGAUCUAAAUCCUGUUCACAGAGUCUUAUAAAAAUAGAGAUGGGUUAACUGGAUAAAAGAUAACUGAGUAAAUUGUACAGGCAUGUACCUUCCAGAUGCUUAAAAAUAGUCUUAACAUCUUGAUUUAAUUGCUUCCAGCAUAAUUCCCACAAUCCAGUGUAUUGGUUUCUCUUUUUAGUUAGAUUUUUGGUAUUCGGUACUUUGGUUGCUGACUUGCAAAACCACAAGAUACUCUAAACUAUUGGCAGGUAUAAACAGCUGUUCUUAAGGAGCACUUGUGGCAACAGUGUAUGGGGCCUGUAGGAGAAGGAAGAUGGAGAGGGCUAGGUUGGAAGGAGCUCAGCAGUUUGGAGUGAAGUUACAUGCAUUUUGAGUUAUGUGGUAACCCAUGGAUUAGUGGUCAGGCACGUCUAACCAAGAUCAAAUUACAAAAACAUAGCGGUAAAUUCAGCCCACUUUUUUUCCAGAAGCUUUAGACUAACAGCCUUCUUGGACCUGAGCAGGCUGUUUAUAGGGUGUGUGGUUUUUCUGUGUUUUCCUGUUACAAGGCACAUGACAGAGCAAGAUCUAAGAAUUGUCUGAGUUUAUAUUAGCCAUUGCUAAGCUGUACUUGAAAAAUAACCCUUUUGGAGGCCAGUACUUAAUUCGGACAAAUAAAACCCGUGGCUGUCAGCAUAGUGAUUCUAGUAAAGCUUGUUAUUACUUCUUCUGUAUCAGAGAGAGGGUGGCUCAUGACUACUUGGGCAGAUCUAAUCUUCCUUGUUUCCAAAUCACAAAGUUGACUAUAAUACAGUAGCUUCAACUGGACUAGAUAAAAACAUUCCUGAAAUUACUUCUGGUGGUUGUUAUUUAGGGAGUAGACUGGAAAAAUCUGUAAGAUAUCAGAAUUGCGUCUGAAAACUUGCAGUAAGAAAUUUAGAAAAAUCAGUAUUCCAGUUGCUGAGAAAAAAAACAUCUUGAAUGCUGAUUGUGUUGUUUUCUUCUGCAAAGAAAUGUUUCUCCUGCCUUUGGAUUCAGAAGCAUUUAUUAA